AUGGCUACUUCUGAGAUUCAUUGUACGCAGAUUAAUUUGCAUCAUUGUAAAGGCGCUUCGGCGAUUUUAGCCAAGAGCUUGACAAAGAUGCAGACAGCUUUUGCCUUUAUUCAAGAACCUUGGGUUUUCAAGGGGAGAAUUAGAGGUCUGAACGGCUGUGGGAAGCUAGUUAGUUCACCACAGGAACCAGUUCCAAGGGCGGACUCAGCUGUAGUUAAAGCUAAGUAUCUGGAAAAAAACGGAAAUAAAAGGGAGGUAGUAAUAGCGUCGGCUUACUUUCCGGGAUCAGGGGAUGAACCUGCACCACCUACAGAGGUGGAAAAGUUGGUAGAUUACUGUCAACAGCAAGGUCUCCCUUUGAUAAAAGGUUGUGAUGCUAAUGCGCACCAUGUCGUAUGGGGCAGCACUGACAUUAACGACAGAGGCAGAAGACUUUUAGAUUUUCUGAUAGAUACAGAUUUAGAUAUUUUAAAUCAGGGUAAUGAGGCGACUUUUGUUACUGUUAACAGAAAAGAGGUGUUGGAUAUUACGAUCUGUUCCAAGUCUUUGUGUGAUGGCGUGAGGGACUGGAGGGUGUCUAAUGAAGAUUCCCUCUUGGACCACAGGCCUAUAACGUUUAGAUUGGAAUCGAAGGAUCAGGAACAGGAGUGA